AUGUCUCGGACUGUUCAUCUUCAAGUCCCUUGUCCUGUUCAGCUUGGUACCUUAAGAAAUGACUCCUUGGAAGCUCAGCUUCAUGAAUAUGUCAAACAAGGAAAUUAUGUGAAAGUGAAGAAAAUUCUCAAGAAAGGAACUUAUGUUGAUGCAGUUAAUUCCCUGGGCCAGACAGCACUUUUUGUUGCAGCAUUAUUAGGCCUUAAGAAAUUAGUUGAUACACUAAUGGAUUUUGGAUCAGAUCCAAACCACCGCUGCUUUGAUGGGAGCACCCCUGUUCAUGCAGCAGCAUUUUCCGGCAAUCAAUGGAUACUCAGCAAACUGUUGGAUGCAGGAGGUGACCUGAGACUUCAUGACGAGAAGGGUCGAAAUCCACAGACCUGGGCCUUGUCAGCAGGAAAGGAUCGCAGCACCCCGCUUCUUUUCUUUUGCAGCAAGCUGCGACACCCUCAUUUACUACAGCUGAUGGCUGUAUGCUUGUCCCAAGACCUGGAGAAGAUCCGCCUUGUAUAUGAGCGUGUCACUGUUGGCACACUGUUCAGUGUCCUCCAUGAACGAAGGUCCCAGUUCCCACUGCUGCACAUGGAAGUGAUUGUGCACUUACUGCUCCAGAUUGCAGAGGCCCUGAGAUACCUACAUUCCUGGGGCUUUGUCCACCGCUCUCUCAGCUCCUAUGCUGUCCAUAUAGUCUCCACAGGGGAAGCAAGGCUAACCAACUUGGAGUACAUGAUGGAAAGACAGGACAAUGGUGUGUAUAGGGACCUGACUCGAAUACCCCUUCCAACCCAACUCUACAACUGGGCCGCACCGGAAGUGAUCUUACAAAAGGCAGCCACCAUAAAGUCUGACAUCUACAGCUAUUCCAUGAUCAUACAAGAAAUUUUAACAGACAACAUACCCUGGGAUGGCUUAGACGGCUUGGCUAUUAAAGAAGCCAUAGUCUUGGGAAAUUAUUUAAAAGCUGAUGUCAGGCUUCCAAAACCUUACUAUGAUAUUGUUAAGUCAGGCAUCCAAGUCAAGCAGAAAGACCGAACUCUGAACCUUCAGGACAUCCGGUAUAUUCUGAAGAAUGACUUAAAGGAGUUCAUUGGAGCCCAGAGGACUCCACCAACUAAGAGUCCCAGGAUACAGAGAUAUGAACCCCAGCCUAAUGUCAAUGAGUAUCUAGGACUAAUUUCAGAACAUCGAAAAGAGACCCCAGUUUUUGAAAUCAAAGAGCUAAAGGAGACAGGCAGACAAAGCCAUUCACCAAGGGAGUACUCUUGUUCCAUUGACAAAACACUAGCUCCUCAGUCUCCAGAUCCAAGUUCGACCGCCCAGGAGCCUCCUCCUCCUCCUCCUCCUCCACUUGUGCCACAAGAGGCAAGGAGCCUCAGUGCAAGUCAGGCAAGUCUCUGCAGCUUCGAAAUCAAUGAAAUCUACUCAGGCUGUGUGAACUUGGGGGUUUACAAGGAGAACAAACACCCAGAAAUGGCUUCCUCUCUUGAGGAGGAUAGACCAAACCAGCCAGAUGAGUUACAAUCUCUGGAAGAAGAGUUGGAUAAGAUGGAGAAAGAAGUGAAUACUUCUUGUGAUGAAGAUGAGAGCUUUUCAGACAUUGACACGGGGCUCUCCUUUGGGGACUGGGACUGGCAAAAUGAUUCAUUCAGUUCAUUCAAUCAGUCUCAGCCAAUCAGAGAAGGCAAGGGCAAAGUGAAUAGCAGGUCUAUGACUGAGGAUUACAUCAGUAAAUGUGUGCUGAAUCUCAAGAUUUCACAGACAUUGAUUCACCAGAAUGCUGAUAUGCUGAGGACUAUUGAGCAGAAACUGGAUAAGUUUGAGUUGAUAGUGAAGGAACAGGAGUGCAGGUCUCUGUGGGAAACCUCAAGAGGGUUUUCAGGUGCCUACAAUUUCCCUUCAGCCAUGGGACCUCCAUCUUUUAGUUAUAUUCCUCCUGUCAUGAAGCUGUCAGGGGAGCAGCAGUCAGAUGCCAGUGGCAAUUGCCCAACCCUAGCAGGUUCUCUAAGAACAAUGCCAACUCUGUGUAGUCCUGGAAAACAGAACACAGAUGAACAACUUCAACAUACUCGAGGAAGUAAGGACACUUUGGAAAGAAGCAGGAACCAAAAGAGUAGCCAAGAAAGUUCUAUGGAGUCUAGUGCCCGAGCCAAAGUCACACAGCCAAAUAGUGUACUUUUCCCAGUGUCAAGUCAUACAUUCAGAUCUCCUGGGUCAUGUAGCCCCUGCCAGAGCUCGACCAGGAUUAAUGUGGAAUAUGGGUCUUCUGAAACCUGUAAUGCAAAGUCAAGAAAUAAUGAAGAUGAUGAAGUACACUUAAAAUGGAAAAUGGAGGUGAAAGAAAUGGCAGAAAAAGCAGUUAUGGGGCAGCUUCCAUUACUUCCUUGGCAUCCUCAGAGUAGUUUGACUUUCAAGAGUAAGCCUGAAAAUGAGCAUGAUUACCUACUACAGCCCCCUGUUUCGGGCGUUGAAAAUGAGGACUGGCAGCAAGUUGUAGAGUAUCACAGCAAAAAUGAUGAACCAGGAAGAAAUGUCAAGUUUAGCAAGAUGGACAACAGCGACUAUGACAGAGACAAGCCUGUCAGACAGCGUGGGACCCAAAGUUUCACCAAUAUCAGGCACCCAUCUUCCAGAACACAUGAGCAGCCAAAGCAUAGUGGAGCUUUUCAAGCAAGUUUCAACACAUCUGUGGCCAUUGAGAAAUCUUCCAGCAAUCUAUCUGUGCAGUCAACUUAUUCAGCAGAAUCUUCUGAGGACAUAACAGAUGAGUUUUUAACUCCAGACCAUGAAUAUUUUUAUUCUGCUGCUCAAGAAAACUUAUCUGUACAGACUUCAAGUCCCAUAGAAGAUGACUUUGAAGGAAUACAAGGUGCAUUUUCUCAACCUCAAGGCUAUGGCGAGGAAAAGAUGCAAAUAAAAAAAAUCCUUGAAAAAAACUCAGAGAUUUUUACUGGGGGUCAAUUCCAACCUUCACAAAGUACUGAAGGUGAACAACAAGAGAUCUUAGAGGACAUACCAAAGGAACUGAAAGAGAAAGACAGAUCACUGAUAGACAUUCAAGACCUGUCCAGCAUCUCCUAUGAACCAGAUGGCUCUUUUAAGGAAGCCUCAUGUAAAACACCCAAAUUAAGCCAUGCACCUACUUGUGUCAGCACUCCAGUCAGCCCAGAGUCAGUGUCUUCAGCUGCCAGUCGGUAUAAAGACUGCCUUGAAAGUAUCCCAUUUCAGGUUCAAGCAGAGUCUGCAUCUUUCUGUGAUAGUCAAGAAUCUGUUAGGACUUUUGCUGAUAAAUUUAUAACUGUUCGAGAGAAAGCAAAGUGUCUGGAUUCUCUUUUUACUUCUUCUGAAACUCAUCCUGCAAGACUAACUGAUCUGAAAAGAUCAUCUGCAUGUGCUACAGCUAAAUCCUCUAGCAUGAUUACAGUAUCUGGCACAUCAACCCAUGCUACCCAGAGAAGGAGCCUCCCAAAAGUGGAAGCCAUCUCACAGCAUCACAUUGAUGAGCUACCACCACCAUCUCAGGAGCUACUUGAUGAAAUUGAGCAACUGAAGCAGCAGCAGGCCUCAGCCACAGUGUCUCAUGCAAACACAGCAUGUGAUCCAAGGGUCAUUGAAAAUGAUCAAAAGCGUUCAGAAGAACAAGAAGCUGACAAUAAUAAAGAAGAUAGUUUGCUUUGGACCAAAGAAAAUCAGGACCUAGGAGAGGACACAGAGAGAGCUCAUUCUACUCUCGACGAGGAACUGGAAAGAUGGCUGCAGCUUCCUGAGGAGAGCAUGGUGAUACAGGACCAAAAGGACUCUACAAGGGAGACAAAAAAAAAGGAUCAAGAAGUUGGUGAAAGCAAGAGAAGAUGGAAAGAGAACAUCAAUCCUGAAAGAAGGAAAUCAGAGAGCUUUUUAGGGACUUCUGAAGAAGAUGAACUAAAACCCUGUUUUUGGAAGCGACUAGGUUGGUCUGAACCAUCCAGGAUAAUCGUGUUGGAUCAGAGUGACUUGUCCGACUGAUUGGAACUGGACCAUAUUUGGAUCCAACCCGACUUUGAGCAUCCUGGUUGUGAUAUCCUUUCUUCUUUCAUCUGCUUCACUUACCAUCAGGGCAGCAGUUCCAGGUUCUACAACUCACAUUUUGUUUAGCUGCACUGAAGACAGAAUGAUUGGAUUCUGUAAGCAGCACAUUUAACCAUUUGUUCUCAGUCAGAGU